UUCUCUCUUUCAUGUCCGUGUAAAGGGAAAGAAGAACAGAGACAGAAAACAGAAAAGCCAGCGGCGAUGGUGGUGGCGAGCCCGAGCCCGAGACGGACCGAGAAGGUCAUCCAGGCCGCGGAGCUCCCGGCGGUCGACCUCUCGCCGUCGGGGAGAUCCGCGGCGCCGCGGCUCAUCGUGGAGGCCUGCGAGAGGUACGGCUUCUUCAAGGCGAUCAACCACGGCGUCCCCGCCGAGGUGGUGUCGAGGAUGGAGGAGGAAAGCGCCGGCUUCUUCGCGAGGCCCGCCUCCGAGAAGCGGCGCGCCGGGCCGGCCGACCCGUUCGGGUACGGCAGCAAGAGCAUCGGGUUCAACGGCGACGUCGGGGAGGUGGAGUACCUGCUCCUCGAGUCCGACCCCGCCUACGUGUCGCGAAGGUCCGCCAGCAUCUCCGACGACCCCACCCAAUUCAGCGCUGCUGUGAAUGGUUACAUAGAAGCGGUUAGGGGCCUGGCCUGUCACAUAUUGGAUCUGAUGGCGGAGGGCCUGCGGGCCCCGGACACGUCCGUCUUCAGCAGGCUCGUCCGGGCCCCCGACAGCGACUCGGUCUUCAGGAUCAACCACUACCCCCGGUCCGGCGCCGUCCUCCACGGCGAGGUCGGGUUUGGGGAGCACUCCGACCCUCAGAUCCUGACCGUCCUCAGAUCCACCGACGUGGGCGGCCUCCAGAUCUCCCUUGAGGACGGGGUGUGGACCCCGGUGCCCCCUGACCCCGCGGCUUUCUGGAUCAACGUGGGUGAUGUUUUGCAGGCUAUGACGAACGGGAGGUUCUUGAGCGUGAGGCACAGAGCACUGACCAACCCGUUCAAGCCAAGAACGUCCAUGGCGUUCUUCGGGGCGCCUCCGCUCCAUGCACGGAUCGCUCCCCAGCUGGAACUGGUAGCUCCUCGAAGGCCCUGCCUCUACAAGCCCUUCACCUGGGCCGAGUACAAGAAGGCCGUCUACUCCCUCAGGCUCGGGGACACGCGGCUCGACCUCUUCAGAGCUAGCAAAGAAGACGGCAUCGAUUAGCGAGCAGGUGAAAAGGAGGAGGAGGAGAAGAUGGUCUUCUCGUUUUUGCUUUUUUUCUCUCUUUUGUUGUUGGGUCUGUCGUGAAGUGAAUUUUGGGUGUGCGGGUUCUUGUCCCCUUCCUCUCUGUUAGCAGCAAGAGAAGCUUCCCGGUGUUAGUGUCUGGAUUGGUGUAAGUAAGGGCGAAUGAAAGGUAUCUUAGGCGAUAAAUGUUA